GUUGCGAGGGAGACAAACUUGGCAACCCACUACAUGGAGGAGAACCGUAAGGGCUCAGACCACAACAGCUAUCAUCCACCUUGGCUGCUCAGAGCAUCUCGGACAGCAGACCCCACAUCUGAUUCUUCCAGUUUCCUGAAUUAUCAGGUCUUUUAGGUUGUCACUGACAAGGGGCUCCUCUUAGACUGGAUCUGAGUGCCAGCCAUGAAGUACAGGGUGGUCAUGAUGUACACGGAGAUCGGCUGUUUCGUGGUGUGCAUCUCUGGCUGGAUUCUGGUUUGUUCCACCAUGCCCACAGAAUACUGGAACUUCUCCACAGUGGAGGGCAUCGUGCUGACCACUGCCAACUACUUUUCCAACCUUUGGAAAGACUGCAUCUCUGAUUCCACGGGGAUGUCGGACUGCAAGGAGUUCCCAUCACUGCUGGGGCUAGAAAUGUACAUCCAUGUAUGUCGAGCCCUGGUUAUCAUCUCCAUCAUCCUGGGCUUUUUUGGAAGUGUCCUCGCCCUGGUGGGUAUGAAAUGCACCAAGAUUGGCGGGUCCGAUUUAGCCAAUGCAAGGGUGACCUUUGCAGCAGGAAUGAAUUACCUCAUCUCCGGGCUCUGUGGCAUGGGAGCCUUCUCCUAUUAUGGAAACAAAAUACGAGAGGAAUAUUCAGACCCUAAUUUCAAAGCCCAGAAGUAUGAAAUCGGUGCUGCUGUCUUCAUUGGCUGGGGAGGAUCGUCCUUGCUGAUCACUGGUGGCCUCAUCUAUAGCAUCUUUGCCGGAAAAGAGGGAUUGCGUUCCAGCUCACCACCUCCAAGCAGGCCGGCCACCUACAUUAUCGCCCCCAUCCAAAGGCCUGUCCCCUCGUCGCUGCCAGAAAAGGAUGAAGAGAUCGGACAGACCAGGGCUAAUCACUGUUUCAGCAAAGAUGCUUACGUGUAACUCGUCUCCAGGUGCCACUCAAUGUCAGCUGAGUCAGCCCAAAAGGCUCUCUAUGCAGUCAUAUUUAUCCAAACAGGCAUACACAAUAAAAUUAUAUAAACACUA